UUAAAGAUUUCGUCUGUUGUUUUGAAAAUUAAAAUUGUAAGGUCUGUCUUUUAUUCUCUUAUUAGUGAUUAAAAAACUAUGAGGUGGGCUCUUCUGAAGAAAUUUGCAGCUUGUGUGGGUGCGGCAUUCAUUGUUUACUAUAUUAAAAAACGCUGUGGAGGUCCUUUAUGUCGAUGUGUUUUGAGGCUUGAUGAGAAAGUUGUAAUAAUUACUGGUGGAACUUCUGGUUUAGGACUGGCUGUUGCUGAACAGCUUGCUAAUAGAGGUGCAAGCAUAAUUUUUACUGCAAGAGAUCUCGAUAAAGGUCUUGCAAUCCAAGAAUCUCUUAGAGCAACAACUAAGAAUCCAAAGAUUUUCUGCGAGUAUCUGGAUUUAAACAACUUUGUUUCUAUUCAUAAAUUUGUUUCCCAAGUGAACCAAAUAUGUUCCAAAGUAGAUUUGCUUAUCAACAAUGCAGGAGUAUUUUUCCAUCCUCCUAAAGAAACUGUAGAUAAAUUUGAUGUCACAUUUCAGACCAACUAUUUGGGGCAUUUUCUUUUGACUGAAUUACUGGUUCCAGUAUUAGCCGAUCAAAGCCGCGUAAUAUUUCUGUCAUCGGCUGCACAUUCUUUAACUAAAUCUUUAGACUUGAAGAGUGCAUGUAUUUUCGACGAAGGAGCCAUCGGAACAUCAGCAAGAUUCCAGAGUUACGCUAAAGCAAAGCUAUGCUUAUUGUUGUAUAGUAAGACUUUUGCACAACGUCACAAGGAUAGAGGCAUUCGUGUUUAUAGUGUAGAUCCUGGAUCAGUGGAGACACCGAUUUACCGUCAUUUUCCUUUCUUGCAAAACCCAAUUUUGAAAGCAAUCCAGAAACCGAUUCGCUUUAUUGUAAUUCGAAGUCCAUUCCAAGGAGCACAGACUGUUCUUCACUGCGCCUUAUCUCCCAAACUGGGCAGUGAAACUGGACUUUACUACGCGGACCUGGUAACCAAGACGCCUUCAAAUCUAUCACAAGACAUUCAACUUUCUUCCCAGCUGUACGAUUACAGUCGACUUUGGGCAGGUUUGUCUGAUUUUGAAAAGAGUAAGUCUGUCUAGCUUCGACUGUCCUACAUCGCCGCAAAAUGACGUUCGAAUGGAUCGAAAUGAAAAAAGAUUUGGCGAAGAAAGUCAUCGAAAAAGGACAUCAAGGAAAGCGGCCGCGAUUUUGGAGUCAAAUUGAUGGGAAAGUGAUUAAAUUUCAACCUGGCACAGAGGAAGGGAACCCAAUAGCGGAUACAACGGAACAGCUUUCCAUGUUCCGUAUCGGCGUUGCCCAUGAUGAGUGGUCUCGGAUUCUUGAACUGUGUUUACAGCUGAUGGACGAACGCGAAGUGAGCCUAUUCCGCACCAAGACACGUGAAGGAGAAUGCAUUACAUUCGAACUUCAUCUUAUUAGUAUAAUUUCACAGGCAUCACCUAUUCCGUGUUGGGAAGUGUCGGAAGUUAUUCAAGUUAGCAAACAGUUAAAAGAGCAGGGUAUUACCCUUCAUCGUGAUAAAAAGACUAUUGAUUCGUUCUACGUUUUUGCACGAGCAUUAAAAUUGUUGAUUCCCUUAGAAGUUCGACUUAUCAAACAACUGGCCGACAAUCGGGAAAACAAAGAUGAAGAAGCCGAAGUUUUAAAGAAAGACGUCACUGCAUUAGUGGCUUCUAUUUAUAACAAUUUAGCUGCAUGUCAAUUACUGGAAGCUAAUUACCGUCAUGUUCUUCAUCUGUGUGAUCAAGUGUUGAAGCGGGCUCCAUCCGACCCUAAAGCCAUCUAUAGAAAAGCUUCUGCUCUUCUAGGUUUAAGGCAGUUUCAAGAUUCAUUAGAAACAGUAAAAAUGGGACUUGUUCUGGAUCCUUCUAAUAAGGCAAUGCAGAGUUUGGAAAAAAAGGCCAAUAAUUAUUGCAUUCAGCAGAGAAAUGAGUUUGCAAAAGGAAUGAAAAAGUUUUUUCACUGAAUUUUGUAAUUUGAUGGACACCAUUGGAUUUGGCAACAACAAUCUUUAAAUUUUUUUUUUCUUCUUCUUCUUUUCUUCUUUGUGUUGGUUGUCAUCAGUGAUUUCUUGUUUUGGUUUCUUUGGUGAUUUUUUCAGACCCCUCUCAACUGGUUUAGGUCUCUUCUCUCCCCUUGCUUGAGCCAAUACAUCUUCCAAUUCUAUUAAGUGUGUUUCAGAAUAUCAAUAAAACUGUUGAAAAAAGUGA